ACAGCAUCAGCAUCAGCUUGAAUUUAAAUCUUAACUCAAUUUAAAGCUUGGAAAUACCCCCAAUGAGCUACGUUAACUGGAGACGACUUCUAGUCGUAACAGCUGUCGUGCUUCAGCUGCUGCUGCUGUUCAGUAGCGGUGCGAACGGCAAUCCGGCAGCUGCUUUAAGCGGAUCUACCGAACGCUUUGGCCUGCGCCUGGCCACGAGUCUGGGCCUGGCACAGCCACACAGCAAUGUCGCUGUCUCCCCGCUACUCCUGCAAACGGCUCUCACUUUGCUCUAUGCUGGCGUCACGCCCAGCUCGGCGCCAACAGCUCAGCAGCUGCGCGUGGCUCUGGAGCUGCAAUAUUUAGGUACUCCGGAGCAGUCGGUGCAGCAAUUCAGGCAGCUGCUGGCGGAUCUGAAGCAGGAGGUGGCCAUCGGCUGUCAGCUGCGACUGCUCAGCGAGCUCUACACUCAGCAGCGCUACACCUUCAGCUUUCGGGAUGAGUUUGAGGCGCGUGCCGGUGCUUUGGGCAUAGGCGUGCAUCGUCUGGACUUCGACAGCUGGGCAAGCACAGCGCAGCAGAUUAACUAUGACUUCCUGAGGCGCAGCAACUACAGCGUGGGUGAGCUGGUUAGCAGCCAUUUGCUGGAGUCCACCAGCGGCUCGGACACUCCCUUCUUGCAUGUCUCGGCGCUCACAUUUCGCGCACCCUGGGCCCAGGCCUUCGAUGCACAGCAGACGCAGCGCAUCAACUUCUUUACCGAGGGCAGCCGCAAUUCCAAGCUAGUGGAUGCCAUGUUCAUGCAGCAUCGCCUCCGCUAUGCGGAGCUGCCCUCGCUGGAUGCCUGCGCCGUUGAGCUGCCCUAUGCCACAGCGGGCCUCAGUCUGCUCAUCAUUUAUCCCAAUCAGCCGCUGGGCUUGGCCCAACUGGAACGUCAGCUGCAACGCAUCGAUCUGCAUCAGCUACGUCGAAUGCUGAGCGAACGCAAAAUCGCUUUAACCCUGCCCAAGUUCAGUUUGUUGGCCCACACCGAGCUGCGCAGAGUUCUAGAGCAACUGGGCCUGUCCAAGCUUUUCACACCCGAGGCUCAGCUACACAAUGUGUUCAGCUCAAUUUUGUCCAGCUCGGCGCCACAUUUGACCGCAGUGCCACACACCGUGCUGCUCGAGCUGAAUGAGGCGGGCGGUGAGGCGGAGCAAACUUUUGUGGCUGCCUUCACCGAUCUAUUUCGCAGCACAUUAUCCCUGGUGAUCAAUCAUCCGUUCUUCUAUGCCGUCGGCAAUGAGAAGACCCUGCUACUGGCGGGCCAUGUGGUCGACAUCUAGAAUCGAGGACCAGAGUCUAGCGCAAAGGUUAUCGGCUUAUCAGCGCUCCGUCAAGGUGAUAAACGAUCUGUAAACAAAGCAACACACGAAAAAAAAAAAAAAAAAACCAGCCAGCUGAUCGACUAAUUUACGAGAAUCUAAGACGUAAUCGCAGCUCCAAAAGUCUCUCACAGCCAGCCACGAAUUCAGUUCACAUUCGGACGCUCAACGCGCGACGACGCAAAAUAUUAAUCAAGCGAAAACAGUUUCUCUAAAAGCACACACACACAUAGAGUAAUAUAUAUACACACAUACAUAUAUGUGUAUUUAUUUCGCAUAUAUAUAAAUUGAAACAAUCAUGACGCUCAGCUCAGUGCAGUGCCUAUUACGUAAGCCUCAAUUAUUGCCUAUAAGAUCUUUAUAAACUUGUACUCGAGCAUACACAAACAAAAACCAGUCUCAGUCUACGAAAAAGCAAAGUGACAAUAUUUAUGGCUCGAUUUAUUGAUAAAAAUUACAAUAAACCACAAAACGAAAAUGAA